UUCAAGUGUCCGCAGGAGAGGGAGGUGGGGAUACCAAUGUGCUCCCUUUCAGAGACUAAUUCCUUCUGCGCAAUUUGACCCCAAGAAAGCAGCCUUCCCUUAAGGGCCAAGGAGCUCCGGCACUAUGAAAGUGCCCUCCCUGCUAAGACCCAGGGAGAAGUAAGGGGUGUGAAGGCGGGGCCAUGGGUUGGAGACACCCUCCCAAAGGUCCAGCCCUAGCCCGCCUUCCUACCACCUUAAGGAGCUGGCACGGAGAGCGGGAUCACCCUCUCAAUGAAAGGCAGAUGUCCCUUUAAGGUUUGCUUUGCAGUCCAUGGACUUUAGCCUAAACACGAACCCGCGAAGCUGGCUUUAUUUGUCCAUGUCUCGGACAGAGCCUGGGAGGCUGCCAGUGGGACUUCAGAGACCGAGCGCGCGAAGGGGCGGGCGAUGGGGCAGUAAGUCUGGGAUAUGAAAAGCGUGGAAAGGACCUAGAGGCAUUCGUCGAAAACACAGGAAAUUCACUCUUCGGCUUCUGGGCGCCGCGACUGACCGGGGCCGGAGACUGAGACCUGCGGCGGCAGAGUGGCCCAGAGCGCGCGGCUCCCGUGCCCAGUCCUGCCGCGUCUUGCCCUCCGAUCCAGCGAUUACCCCGGGCUCUGCGGGCUCCCCGGCCAUGGCCCCCCGACGCCAAGCCAGCCCAGGGGUCGCUGUCGCCUGCUGUUGGCUUCUCACCGUUGUUCUAGGCUUCUGCGUGUCAUUCAAUGUUGACGUGAAAAAUUCAAUGACUUUCAGUGGCCCCGUGGAGGACAUGUUUGGAUAUACUGUUCAGCAAUAUGAAAAUGAAGAAGGAAAAUGGGUGCUUGUUGGUUCUCCUUCAGUUGGUCAACCCAAGAACAGAACUGGUGAUGUCUAUAAGUGUCCAGUGGGGAGAGGCAAACCAUUACCUUGCAUAAAGUUGGAUCUACCAGUUAAUACAUCCAUUCCCAAUGUCACGGAAGUAAAGGAGAACAUGACAUUUGGAUCAACUUUAGUCACCAACCCAAACGGAGGGUUUCUGGCAUGUGGCCCCUUAUAUGCCUAUAGAUGUGGACAUUUGCAUUACACAACUGGAAUCUGUUCUGAUGUCAGCCCCACAUUUCAAGUCGUGAACUCCAUUGCUCCUGUACGAGAAUGCAGCACCCAGCUGGACAUAGUCAUAGUGCUGGAUGGCUCCAACAGUAUUUACCCCUGGGAGAGUGUUACAGCUUUUUUAAAUGACCUUCUUGAAAGAAUGGAUAUUGGUCCUAAACAGACACAGGUUGGAAUUGUACAGUAUGGAGAAAAUGUAACCCAUGAGUUCAACCUUAAUAAGUACUCGUCAACGGAAGAGGUACUUGUGGCAGCAAAUAAAAUAAUCCAGAGAGGUGGCCGCCAGACUAUGACAGCCCUUGGAAUAGACACAGCCAGGAAGGAGGCUUUCACUGAAGCCCGGGGUGCCCGAAGGGGAGUUAAAAAAGUCAUGGUAAUUGUGACUGAUGGGGAAUCCCAUGACAACCAUCAACUGAAUAAGGUCAUCCAAGACUGUGAGGAUGAAAACAUUCAGCGGUUUUCCAUAGCUAUUCUUGGGAGCUAUAACAGAGGAAAUUUAAGCACUGAAAAAUUUGUGGAAGAAAUAAAAUCGAUUGCAAGUGAACCCACUGAGAAGCAUUUCUUCAACGUCUCUGAUGAAUUGGCUCUAGUCACUAUUGUUGAAGCUCUGGGAGAAAGAAUAUUUGCCUUGGAAGCUACAGCUGACCAGUCAGCAGCUUCAUUUGAAAUGGAAAUGUCUCAGACUGGCUUCAGUGCUCAUUAUUCACAGGACUGGGUCAUGCUUGGAGCAGUAGGAGCCUAUGAUUGGAAUGGAACAGUCGUCAUGCAGAAGGCUAAUCAAAUCAUAAUCCCCCAAAACACGACCUUUAACGUUGAGUCUACCAAAAAGAAUGAACCUCUUGCUGCUUAUUUAGGUUACACAGUGAACUCCGCCACUGUUUCCGGGGAUGUGCUGUACAUUGCUGGACAGCCACGGUACAAUCAUAUGGGUCAGGUUGUCAUCUACAGGAUGGAAGAUGGAGACAUCAAGAUUCUCCAGACACUCAGUGGGGAACAGAUUGGUUCCUACUUUGGCAGUGUUUUAACCACAAUUGACAUUGAUAAAGAUUCUAAUACCGACAUUCUUCUGGUUGGGGCUCCCAUGUACAUGGGAACAGAGAAAGAGGAACAAGGGAAGGUGUAUGUGUAUGCUCUGAACCAGACAAGGUUUGAAUACCAAAUGAGCCUGGAGCCCAUUAAGCAGACUUGCUGCUCAUCUCUGAAGCACAAUUCAUGCACAAAAGAAAACAAAAAUGAGCCAUGUGGGGCUCGUUUUGGAACAGCUAUCGCUGCUGUGAGAGACCUCAAUCUUGAUGGAUUUGAUGACAUUGUGAUAGGAGCUCCCCUGGAAGAUGAUCAUGGGGGAGCCGUGUACAUUUAUCAUGGGAGUGGCAAGACUAUCAGGAAAGAGUAUGCACAACGUAUUCCAUCAGGUGGAGACGGCAAGACACUAAAAUUUUUUGGCCAGUCUAUCCAUGGAGAAAUGGAUUUAAAUGGUGACGGUCUGACUGAUGUGACUAUUGGGGGCCUUGGUGGUGCUGCCCUCUUCUGGUCCCGAGAUGUGGCUGUGGUUAAAGUGACCAUGAAUUUUGAACCCAAUAAAGUGAAUAUCCAAAAGAAAAACUGCCGUGUGGAAGGAAAGGAAACAGUAUGCAUAAAUGCUACACUGUGUUUUGCUGUGAAAUUAAAGUCCAAAGAAGACACAAUUUUUGUUGCUGAUAUGCAGUACCGUGUCACACUAGAUUCACUAAGACAGAUAUCACGAAGUUUUUUCUCUGGAACUCAGGAAAGAAAGAUUCAAAGAAACAUCACAGUUGAAGAAAAAGAAUGCACUAAGCUCUCCUUCUACAUGUUGGACAAGCAUGACUUUCGGGAUUCCGUAAGGAUAACUUUGGAUUUUAAUCUUACCGAUCCAGAAAAUGGGCCUGUUCUUGAUGAUUCUCUACCAAAUUCAGUACAUGAAUAUAUUCCCUUUGCCAAAGAUUGUGGAAACAAGGAAAAAUGUAUCUCGGACCUCACCCUGAAAGUAUCCACCACAGAAGAGGGCCUGCUUAUUGUCAGGUCCCACAACGAUAAGUUCAAUGUUAGCCUCACAGUCAAAAAUAAAAAGGACAGUGCCUAUAACACCAGAACCAUGGUACACUAUUCUCCAAAUCUAAUUUUUUCGGGAAUUGAGGCUAUCCAAAAAGACAGCUGUGAAUCCAAUCAUAAUCUCACAUGUAAAGUUGGAUAUCCUUUCCUGAGAAGAGGAGAAGAGGUUACUUUCAAAAUAUUAUUUCAGUUUAACACAUCUUAUCUCAUGGAAAAUGUGAUCAUUCAUUUAAGCGUAACAAGUGACAGCGAGGAACCUCCUGAAACCCUUUCUGAUAACGAAGUAAACAUUUCUAUCCCAGUAAAAUAUGAAGCUGGACUUCAGUUUUACAGCUCUGCAAGCGAAUACCAUAUUUCAAUUGCAGCCAAUGAGACUGUCCCUGAAGUUAUUAAUUCUACUGAGGACAUUGGAGAUGAAAUUAGUAUCUUCUACUUGAUUAGAAAGAGCGGACAUUUUCCAAUGCCGGAACUUAAACUGUCAGUUUCAUUUCCCAACUUGACAUCAGAUGGUUAUCCCGUGCUAUACCCAACUGGAUGGUCAUCUUCUAAUAAUGCAAACUGCAGACCCAGUAGCCUUCAGGACCCUCUUGGUGUCAACUCUGGGAAGAAAACGAUUAUAUCCAAACCUGAAGAUCUCAAACAAGGCACAAUUCCGGACUGCAGUAUGUGUAAAUUUGCUACCAUUACGUGUAAUUUGAUUCCUUCUGACAUAAGCCAAGUGAAUGUUUCACUUAUCUUAUGGAAACCGACUUUUAUCAAAGCACGUUUUUCCAGCUUAAAUCUUACUGUAAGGGCAGACCUUCAGAGUGAAAACACAUCACUGAUUUUAAGUACUGGCAAUCAAAAAAGAGAGUUUGCUAUUCAAAUAUCCAAAGAUGGACUGCCGGGCAGAGUGCCAUUAUGGGUCAUCCUGUUGAGUGCUUUUGCUGGAUUAUUGCUAUUAAUGUUGCUCAUAUUAGCACUGUGGAAGAUUGGAUUCUUCAAAAGACCACUAAAGAAGAAAAUGGAGAAAUGACAUAUUUUACAGGAGGAAAAAAAUAACAAUUAUUCAAUGAUCUAUCCUCAGGUUUGCCUCAAAUAUGUGACAAGAAAUUUAUUAAUACAAUUAAAGACAUAGUCACAUAACUUUAUGUAAUCCAUCAGGGAUUAAUCACUUGGAAAAUGACAGAUCAAGGAAGAUCCAAAAAUAAUACCAUAAAGAUAUAUUUUGUAAAAUGAUGAAAAAAAUUUUUAAUAUUACUCAUAAUAUUUUUAAUAAUUACUCAUUUGUGUUAAGUAAAAUUACAAAGUGUUUUGAAGAUGAAGAAUAACUUGUACAAAUAUGUUUAUAUAUUAAAUCAGCAUCCAGAGUAUUUAAAGAAUGCAUAAAAAGAUUUUUAUGAUCAUUGAUAAAUUAAGCUUUUUCCAUUGAUUCCUGAUGGAGAUCCACAUUCAGCAUGAUAGUCAACAUUUGUAAAUGACAAAAAAGGAGUUAACUGAAAAAGAGCAUUUCUCCCUAUUCAAAUGAGAAAAUUUUCCUGGAUAGAGUAUAUAUAAAAUAUGGACUGAAAAUAGAAUUAAGUCACAGAGAGUACAUUCAGCGUCUUUUUGUUGGGUUCUGUACUUGGAAAGUUUUUUGGUUUUUUUUUUUCCCAAAGUGUUUGGAAACAAUUGAGCUGAUGGAAAAUGAAGAUAGACUUAUUUAAAGGCCGCUCACUGAAUGGAUUAAUUUAAGCUUUCACAAAACAUGCUUAAUUUUGACAGCCCUAAAACUCAAAACUUUUAUGCUGAAAACAACACUUCACAGCAGUUUUGUGGGGCAUACCAGUGAUUUGUCAUGAAAAGCCAUGUUAUGUGUGGGAUAUGCUCAGAUGGCUUCUGAAUGGAACGUGACAGCAUAGACAGAUGUCGCGGGGUGCCGAAGUCAUCUUUGCUGGGUGGCUUUUGAAUGUUAGGGGGUCCCAGGAUGUAACCCAAAGUAGGAGUUUUCUCAACUCCUUGGCACAUGGUUCAUUUUAACCCUCAAGCUGUGAGAGUAUGUUUAUGUUUAAUUUUUUAAAAGGUAUUUAAUUUUCCAAACACAUUUCUUAUUUUUAUGAAAGGCAGUAUUCCAUUUCAGUAUUGCAUUUUACCAAGAAGCCACUGCUUUUUUAGUGUUUCAUAUCAAUAUUUAAAUAGGACUCCAGAAAUGUAUUUUAAAGAAUCUUAGGUUUGAAACCUUGCACCAACAGAAAGAUAUCACACCUCUGUAUGAGCUUCUUUGCUCCUGAAGUAAUCAUUAUGGUGCGUUGAACUCUACUGUAGCAUAAGCUCGUAGGUUGCUCCGUUUCUUAGGAAAAUAACAAUGGAUGAAUGUAUCAUAGCCGCAUGUGUGAACUACUGCUGUAAAAUUUGCUGAUACUUCUGCAACAACUCCAUCUCUCCACCUGGAUGACCAUCACAAGACCAGCACCUGUCCAGCACCUUAUCUAGAAAGCCCUGGACUCUACUUUUCUCAGAAGGCAUCAAAUCAAGGGAGAAAUUAAAUGCCAUAGGUUUAAUUUUUAAAACUAAUUUCCAAGGAAUUCUCCGAAGACUCAGAGUCAUCUUCCCUCGUGGCUCUCCGCAUCUUCCUCUAAGAUCCCAACCAUCAAAGUCACACACCUGCGGAGUGCCGAGGUCAUCAAUACUAGAAGAAAUCCUUAAUCUUUCCAGAGAUUUGAUGUCCUCCUGCUGGUCAUCGUUCAGAAAUGUCACUUCAGGAAUUUCUUUCAUUCCCACUACCUAUCUCCAGGUUCAGAAAUCAUUCUUCCCACCUGUUCUUUUUUUGCCCAACAGAACUCAGGUUCCUCUUAUUCAGAGUCACCACAUUGCACAGCCUGCUCGGCAGCUCGGCUGCAAUCUCAGCACAUUCUUAGAAGUAAAUCAAACAAGUAAACUUAAAUUCACACUUGGCUUCUGAUUUCUAGGCAAAGCAUUCACUGGAACAGGAAUGUGCACAUUUCAACCAAGUAGAAUGUUAACCCAGAGGGGAAAGGUGGAAGCAAUGGCAUUUUGAACUUGUUAGAAAAGACAGGAAGAGCAUUGGGAUAGAUCAAAUAGCUACUUAUAAGCCUGGCACAGUUUUUAACAUAAGUUGUUCCCAGUUUUCAAAUACGAAUGUUUAAUGAACCAGAUAUCCCUUUUUGUUGAGCUUUAUGUGUUUAUAUGUGUGAGCACCUGUAUGUGUAUGUAAACACACAUGUACACACACACACGAAUGGAAAAACACAAAUCAAAUACAAAAUACCUCAAUAAUACCAAAUGACAGGGUUUGAUAAAAAUGACAAAAAAUAAACACAAAAACUACACCAAAGAGAAAAGUUUGAUUCAUCCAUUUUCAUUAAUUCAUUCAUUCAUUUUCUUUAAUUUUUAACUUUAGUACACAGUUCUGCAACUAUCUAAAAGAUGUACACAUGUGGAGGUUUUGAUUAAAAUAAUAAGUCAACAGUACAAAUGUUCUAAAACAUAGUCAAUGAUUAAGGAAUAUACUAAACUUUAUCAUUUUAUUCUAAAGCACUUAAUAAGAAAAGUGAGUGCUAUUUAAGACUAUGAGUUUAUGCCAAAAACUUUUUUUUAACAUUGGUAUCUUACAAAAUUGAUUAUUUCUUCCAUUGUGAACUAAAAUAUGCAUGAAGUCCCUUUCCAGACCAAACUUAGAAUGGUAUAUUGGUAAAUUAUUCAACAACUGGCUCUCCAGAAGGAAAAAAAAAGUCCCCAAUUUGUAUCAUUUGCCAAUUUCCAUGAUUUAAAUAGUCUUGCCAUGGCCAUUUUCAAGCUACGAAUAUAACCCUAACCAGCUUGCAAAACUCCUGAAAAUUGAUCUGUCAACUCUCAUGAACCAGUAUGAGCUGGCUUCAGCACACCAAUAAUAGUGACAAUAGUAGACAAUAGGUAGAUGAUAGAUAGAUAAAUAGAUACAGAGAUAUAACAUGUUAGAUAUAUACAAACACAAAUGCACAAAAUAUAAUCAUAUUUCAAAUUAUGCUUUAAAUGCUUAUCUCAAGCCUAGCAGACAACGUUAUCCCUCAUUCUUCAAUUUCAAUUUCUAGAAUUACAACCUUCCUUUAAUAUUAAUAAAAUGAUAUAAACUUUCAGGAGAAGCAAGGUGUUGAAAGCAAGAAAAUAUAAAGGGUGACACAAUGAAAAUCAGACCUUCACAGCCACAAAGAAGCUGUUUUACUUUCUCUAGGAAUCCAGAGCCCUGAAACAAUAUUGUGAAAGUCCAUCCUUUGCAAAUAUUUGUAAUUUCUAUGAUCCAAUUUGAAAUUCAGUCAUUUUCUCUGAGCCUUAGAGUCAUGCACAAUUUCAUCUCUGACAAUUCCAUGUCAUCAGGAUGCUUAAAAUGAGGCUUGUAGGCGGAGAUAUUUUUGCAAAAUUUGAUGCUUACUCAACCAUAAUAAAUGUACCUACACAUGCAAAUGCCUAUAAAUAUAUAUAUAUUGUCUUUUCCUUUCACAAAACCAAUAUCUAGACUCAAUUAGAAAACAAAUAUGUGCACCAAAAGCGGAAGGUAGUUGCACCGUCUUUGACCAAAGCUGGGUCGUAGCGGCCAUGAGAAGUUGCGCCCGCAUUUUCCCCAGGUGUCCCCUGAGAGCGCCACAGCUUGUAGGGCAAACAGCCGCCCCUCCAGCUCCCAGCAGUGUGCUUUCGUAGAGGAUAAUGUCUUUGUCAAACGUGGUAAUCUGCUCCGUGCAAAUGAGCUGUCUUGCUUGGCACAACACUGAGAAAACUAGGGAAGACCCAGGCUCAGAGCAUGAUUCAUGGGCUUGGUGCGGUCACGUUAUUGUUCAAAUAAAGAGGCUUCUGGCAAAUCCUUUUUUACAAAAUGAUAUCCUCUACAUCCUUCAUUUAUUUUCAACGCUUCUCAAGUCCUCUGCAUUAGUCAUCCCCCCUCCCCCACCACCACCACCACCAGGGGAGAUUUUCAAGAAGACUGUUGGAGCAAAAUCUGUUUACAUGUGCUCUCUGUUUGCUGUGAAUACCAGCUUCAGUGACCUGAUCGUUUAUGCAGGAUUUCAGGCCUUGGUUCUUUGCUGACACUCUAAAGGCAUGACAUGAUAUAAGCAUAAUGUAAUAGGGACAAAAUGCCUUGUACUUCAGAGAAAGAAUAUCUUUCACAGAUUUACCAAGCAUUGUGGGAUUCUGUCAACAACUAUGCCAAGGGUUGUGGGAAGGGCUGGUAGGAUGUAGCCAUCAGCACCCCACAAUCUUCAUCCUCACCCAUGGACAUAAUAAUCCAAAAAAUUAAAAGAGGGCUCUAAAAUCUUCAGACUGAUGCUAUUUUUUAAUGUAAUUUAACUGUAAACAGCAGUUUUUAGUGAAAACACAGCUUCAAGAUGAGUCCACCCAAAAACCCUUUUCAUAUCAAACUGCUGUCCCUAAACCUCUCCUAUGCAGAACUUCUGAAACCAGCCCUAGAUGUUAACUCUGCAGUACAUCACAAAGGGCUCAAUUCUGCUGUUUCCCAAAUGGGAGCACUAUUAUGCAACAUCUUAUGUAAAGCAAUAAAAAUAGGGCUAACAUCUAGCAUUGUAAUCUGAUGAACAAGUCAGUAUCUUUGAUCCUCAUAAUAAAAUUAAACCUUGAAUUUAAAAAUUCCAAGUAACAGUCUUUUACCAUCUACCUUGAGGAAACCUGAAGGAGUAUGUGUCGGCUCCUAAGCCCCAGGCCCAUUGUCCCCUGCGACAUCCGGCACCAGGAGGUCCAGGUCUGAACUGAUGGGGAUGGAUAGUUCUGCCUCUAUAAAAGACCUGAGCUUAACCCCUGAAUCUCUGCACCCCAGAUCAGCCUGGCCCCACCCCAUAUCAGAUAUACACAGAAGCAUUUCUUGCUGAAAAUUUACCAUACUGAAAAAUAUGCAAGGGUGAGUUAUCGCUUCAAAUGUACUCUGUUUGAGGUUGGCUUUUUUUUUUUUUGCCUUUUUAAAUAUAUCAAAACAUUUCCCCCAUAACUAAUGAGUGCAGAACUUUACCUAAGACUUCCUUGCAUUUGCCUCCUGUCACUGGCUGGAGAAUUUCCAUGCUGUGAGGACCGGGCAGCAGGAGCCAGAGCCCAUUUGCAAGAUCUCUGCCUUCUGCCUUCCAGUUGGUCUCUUCUAUUCUCAAGCACACUGAGGACGUUUUGUUUUGCUUUGGAACUUCCUUGGCAAGGCCAUUAUAAGCCUCGUGCCCCUCACAGGACCUUGCGUGGUUGCAUGUUUUUUCUGGUGAGUUGAGACUUGGAAAUCCUUUAAUUAUCUGACACACCACGGAAACCAUGGCAGUAAACUAGGGACCAGUGACACUCCUAUGAUGAUAUUUGAUUUUACCAUAUUUCAAUCACAUCUUUAUGGGGAAAAAAAAGGACUAAGUGGAAUUUUAGAAGCUCUUCUGCAAAAGACUGAGACUCAAUGCUUAAUUUUUUUAUUUCAGUUUGAUCUGUGCAUAUAGUCGGAGGACAAAAUUUUAAAGAGACAUCUUCCCAGUAACACAGAAUGAAAGCCAGGUGUCCUCUUGAAUAAUUCCCUAUUGACAUUACUAGUUCCCACCCCCAUUUCUUAAGAGACAGAUUGAAUGAGGAAAACUAAACAUCAUUGUUCCUCCACAGAGUAGCCAAGCAGAAGGCAAGCCCCACACAGAAACUGAUCAUGGCUUUCUGAGAGAUGGUAGCAUGGUAGGUCCAGUGCUAGGUGGCAGGCUUCCUGUCAUGCCUCUGAGGCAUCUUACAUCUUGAGAGACAAGAAAAAAAAAA